AUGCAUGUACUUGUGUGUUUUCUUUUCUUCCUUAAUAAUGUCACUUACGACUACAGCGACAAAUUCAUAGUAACUUCUGACGUCAAGUCGACCUUCGAUCGCUAUGGGUUUAUCAUAUUAAGGCAUGCCCUGAGUUCGGAAGAAGUUAGUUUGACGAACAGCUUCCUGGAGAAUGACCAGGAACGACUGGACAAAGCUUAUGGGCGGACUGAUGAUGAGGGUCGGAAAGGGAUGAUGACACUAUGGAAUGAACCAAAAGAUGACAUCACUGGUCUCAUUAGCAGAUCGGAGAAGAUAGUGGGUACGAUGGAAGCGCUUCUUGGAGGGGAGGUGUACCAUUAUCAUGCCAAACUCAUGCUGAAAGAGGCAAAGACGGGUGGCAAACACGUCUGGCACCAAGACUACGGGUAUUGGUAUCGGAACGGAUGUUUGACGCCCGAUAUGGGAUCUGUAUUCAUGGCGAUUGACAAAUGUGAGAAAGUAAAUGGUUGUUUGGAGGUGAUUCCCGGCUCGCAUCACAUGGGCCGUGUCGACCACAAGUUCGUCGGCGAGCAGACCGGGGCAGACAUGGAGCGCGUCGAGUGGGCCAGGAAGAAGCUCGGCCACGCGUUCGUCGAGAUCGAGCCUGGCGAUGCCAUCUUCUUUCACUCGAACGUCCUUCAUGCCAGCGGGCGCAACGAUAGCGACAAUCGGCGAUGGGUCCUCAUUGUCGCGUACAACCGCGCGGACAAUGACCCCGUGUACGAGCACUGCCAUCAUGCUCAUUACACUCCAAUCAACAAGAUACCAAGCAGUGAAAUACUAGCAUCCCUCAACUCCUAGGUGAAGUGUUGGACCUUGCUACGAAGUACUGACAGACUCUCGCUUUAUGUUGGCCCGAUGAAGAAUCGAGUUAAACUCUCAUAAUUAAUUAUCAUUGAAGGCCUAUACAGUGUGUAAAAAAAAACGGGACAGUGUUAUAAAGUUCACAAAAAAUAUGAUGUCUACAUUUCAGUGUUCAAACUCAAAGAUGCUUUGAAGUCUUAUCGUUCAAAUGCCACUUAUAAGCAUCGUUCAUGCUUGAGCGAACAUAAAAUGUUUUUGUCGGGGGUUCGAAAUAAGGCUUGUGCCAAAAUUGCAGGAAAUGAGAAAUAUGAUCAUCAGACUUGCUAAUCAGCAGACUCCUCUUAACCUUUUCAUUAUUUUUGCCAUUAUUUCAAAUGCUAUCAAAAUUAAUUUACAAAGCUAUUAAUUUUUCAUACAUGAUUUUGUUUUUCCUAUUUAGAGGUUAUCUUUCAGUACUGAAUAUAUUCCUUCAUGAUAUUAAAGGAAAAAAAAUGGCAACACAAGUAAGGGGUUGGCAUUAUAUGUAUACAUGGAGGAACUGGUAAUUUAUUCAAAUCCUUUCAUUAUCUGCAACAAAGGUUAUGGUGCCUUUGAAAGACAUGAAUCCUUUCCUGUCAAUUAAAUCCAUUUAUUGUCCUUUCAAAGGCACCAUAACCUUUGUUGCACCGAAGGAAAGGACUUGAAUAAAUUACAAUAUUAGAUAGCCAAGACAGAUAGCCAAGUGCGAUUGGUCAAUUGCGCGUCACGUGAUAUGAUCGAAAUCCGUGUA